ACCGCUUCUAUGUUUCUUCAAAUUCACCUCAGGAGCUUCCUCUGUAACUGAGUGGUUUUCGAUCCUGCAUCACAUUGUUUUCGAUUUCGUCUUACUAUGUGAAUGGGGUUGGUUUUCGAUGCUUUGCCUGUGAUGAGGAUUCUUGUUCUUUUUCUACUGCAACUGAGUUGGCGGGUCAACUCGGAGCCGACUCAGGACAAGGAAGCUUUACUCGCCUUCAUCUCCCGAACUCCGCACGCAAAUCGGGUCCAGUGGAACGAUUCCGACUCGGCCUGCGACUGGUUUGGGGUUCAAUGCGACUCUUCGCGUUCUUUUGUGUAUUCUCUUCGGCUUCCCGGCGUCGGCCUUGUGGGUCCCAUCCCGCCUGACACCAUCGGUCGGCUCACUCGACUUCGCGUGCUCAGUCUCCGGUCUAAUGGCCUCUCCAGUGAGAUCCCCUUGGAUUUCUCCAAUUUGACUUUACUUCGUAGCCUCUACCUCCAGGGCAACAAGCUCUCCGGUGAGUUUCCCGCCACGGUGACUCGGUUGACUCGUUUGGCGCGUCUGGACCUUUCGUACAACAACUUCACGGGUUCAAUUCCUUUCUCAAUCAACAAUUUGACCCACCUGAGUGGUCUUUUCUUGGAAAACAAUAGAUUCUCUGGGAAUCUGCCAAGCAUUACCGCCAAAUUGGUGAGCUUCAAUGUGUCCCAUAAUCAGCUUAAUGGUUCAAUACCCGAAACCCUCUCGAAAUUCCCCGAAUCCUCAUUUACCGGAAACCUCGCUCUCUGUGGAGCCCCAUUACAAUCUUGUAACCCAUUCUUUCCGGCGCCGGCGCCUUCCGCCGUCGUACCCUCGAUUCCUGUUAACGUAAAAAACUCCAGGAAGCUCUCCACAGGAGCCAUUAUCGGAAUUUCAGUUGGAUGUGCUCUUGCUUUCUUACUGCUAUUAUUCCUUCUCUUGCUCUGCCUGCGCAGGCGCCGGCGCCAGCAACCACAGAAGACGCCGAAGCCUGUUGCAACAGAAACGCUGGCUGCUCCGGCGCCGGAGGCGGGAACGUCAUCGUCGAAAGACGAUGUAACAGGUGGGUCUGCUGAGGCAGAGAGGAACAAACUGGUGUUCUUCGAAGGUGGGAUUUAUAGUUUCGAUUUAGAAGAUUUGCUGAGAGCUUCUGCGGAAGUUCUGGGGAAGGGAAGCUUCGGGACAUCGUAUAAGGCGGUGCUUGAGGAGGGAGCGACGGUGGUGGUGAAGAGACUAAAGGACGUGACGGUGAUGAAGAAGGAGUUCGAGACACAAAUGGAGAUUCUGGGGAAGAUUAAGCAUCAGAAUGUGGCUCCUCUCAGAGCAUUUUACUUCUCCAAAGAUGAGAAAUUGCUCGUUUACGAUUACAUGCCUGCUGGUAGCUUGGCUGCGCUGCUUCACGGAAGUAGAGGGUCAGGGAGAACCCCACUGGACUGGGAUAGCCGGAUAAGAAUAGCGAGAGGAGCUGCCAGAGGGUUGGCCUACGUACACGUGUCAGCAAACACGAUCCACGGCACCAUAAAAUCUUCCAACAUCCUCCUCCGAGAUGACCAAGAGGCUUGCGUUUCGGAAUUCGGGCUGAACCCACUAUUCGGAUCGACGCUCCCGUCAAAUCGUGUCGGGGGUUAUCGGGCACCUGAGGUCAUCGAAACCCGAAAAACGACAUUCCAAUCCGACGUAUACAGUUUCGGCGUGCUGUUGCUGGAGCUCCUAACCGGUAAGGCUCCGAACCAAGCAUCUCUGGGUGAGGAAGGCAUUGACCUUCCGAGGUGGGUCCAGUCGGUGGUUCGGGAGGAAUGGACGGCUGAAGUGUUCGACACCGAGCUGACGAGGCACCUCAACGUCGAGGAAGAGAUGGUUCAGCUCUUGCAAAUAGCAAUGGCUUGUGUCUCCGUCGUGCCGGAUCAGAGACCCGCUAUGCCUGAAGUGGUUCGUAUGAUCGAGGAUAUGAACCGUGGCGAGACUGACAAUGCCUUACGACAGUCUUCCGAUGAUCCCUCCAAAGGCUCCGACGGUCGUACGCCGCCUCCUGAGUCGCGGACAGCUACUCCUUCUAGCACACCUUAAUUAUUAACCACGAAAUGUUGACCCCAAAAAAAAACAAGACAAAAUAAAAUGGGGAGACAAGGGAGCCACGUGGUAGUGCCAGGAGCAAGAGAUUGGGUCCGAGUGAGUGUGGUCCGUUGAUGUAUUUGCGUUUUCAGCUUUUGUCGAUUCUUUUCUUUUAGAAAAU